AACUCAGAGAGAGAGAGAGAGAGAGAGAGAGAGCGAGUUGGAUCGAUUCUUCUAGUAGUGGCAUCUGCAACUGCAAGCAACCUGCAGCAAAAAGCACACGCGAGACCAUCGAUUCCCAUAUUCUCGAGGAACGAAUCGCCGGCGAUUUCGCGGUCUCGUCUGCGUUGUCUCCUCUUCCUUUUGAUGCGGGUUGGUUCCCUGAUUCAGAGGACGACCACCACCACCACCACCACGGGCUCCGAGCACAAGCCCUUCCGUCCUGAUACCCUCCCUGUCCCACCUCGAUUUCUCUCCCUUUUCGCUUAGUGGGACUGCGCUGCUUCUCCUUCGACCUCGUCGUGAAGAACCGGAGCGGCCUCGGUUCAUGGACUGACCGAGCGGGCCGAGUGAAGAGCUCAGGGGGGGUUGUGUGUGUCUUUUGCCGUUUUGUCUGACUAUCGUUUUGGCGGGAGACCAGAGAUCUGUGCCGCGACCGGAGAGAAAUGGCGUCCGGGAACGCCAGGGUAGAGGGCCGAGCUGAUGCUGAAACCGCGCUCUACAACGAGCUCUGGCAAGCCUGCGCUGGUCCUCUCGUCGCCGUCCCUCGUCAAGGCGAGCGUGUUUUCUAUUUUCCCCAGGGCCACAUCGAGCAGGUCGAGGCCUCCAUCAAUCAGGUCGGGAACCAGCAGAUGCCCCUCUAUAACCUUCCCUCGAAGAUCCUUUGUCGUGUCAUCAACGUCCAAUUGAAGGCCGAGCCAGACACUGACGAGGUGUUUGCGCAAAUGACCUUGCUUCCCGAGGCAAACCAAGAUGAGAACUCCCCGGACAAAGAACCUCCUCCUCCGCCUCCUCCGAGAUUCAAGGUGCAUUCUUUCUGCAAGACCUUGACUGCCUCGGACACCAGCACUCACGGUGGAUUCUCGGUGUUGAGACGUCAUGCGGAUGAAUGCCUUCCACCCCUGGACAUGUCCAAGCAACCUCCUACACAAGAACUAGUCGCCAAGGAUUUGCAUGGGAAUGAAUGGCAUUUUCGGCAUAUAUUCCGGGGCCAGCCGAAGAGGCACCUUUUGCAAAGUGGUUGGAGUGUUUUUGUGAGCUCCAAAAGACUUGUUGCCGGGGAUGCAUUUAUAUUCCUAAGGGGCGAAAAUGGGGAACUUCGUGUUGGUGUUAGACGAGCUAUGAGACAGCAAGCCAACAUUUCACCAUCAGUCAUAUCUAGUCACAGCAUGCAUCUUGGUGUCCUUGCUACUGCAUGGCAUGCCAUUUCUACAGGAACUAUGUUCACUGUUUACUACAAACCUAGGAUAAGCCCUGCUGAGUUCAUCAUCCCUUAUGAUCAGUACAUGGAGUCUCUCAAGAAGAAUUACUUUAUUGGAAUGAGAUUCAAAAUGAGAUUUGAAGGGGAAGAAGCUCCGGAGCAGAGGUUUACUGGAACAAUAGUCGGCAUUGAAGAUGCUGACCCAAAAGGGUGGCAAGAUUCAAAAUGGAGAAAUCUCAAGGUGAGAUGGGAUGAGAAUUCUGCCAUACCUCGUCCGGAUAGAGUAUCACCUUGGAAUAUAGAACCUGCUCUGGCUCCUCUUGCACUAAACCCUCUUCCAGUUUCCAGGCCUAAAAGGCCUAGGUCAAGCAUUUUGCCCUCGUCUCCUGAAUCUUCUGUUCUUACUAGGGAAGGUUAUAUAUGUAAAGUAGCUGCAGACCCUUUAUCUUCAAAUGGGCAUUCGAGGGUCUUGCAAGGUCCAGAAUCGUCGACCUUGAGAGGAAUUGCCACCGAUAAUGAUUUUGAUGCUGUGGAGAAGUCUGUAAUGUUUCCAUCUUCAAUGGAGGAAGAAAAGAUUGAUAUGCUUUCUUCUUCUAAAAGACAUGGGCUUGAGAGCUGGAUGACUUCAGGCAGGAGGGGGCCAACCUGCGCUGAUUUACUAUCAGGUUUCGGUGGAGAUACUGAUGUCUCCCGUGGGUUCAGCUUGUCCUCUGAACAAUCUUCUGCAGCUAAUCCAGCGAGGAAACAUUUAGUUGAUCAGGAAAGGAAAUUUCAUAUAAUCGGGAAUUCUUGGUCCAUGAUACCUUCUAGUCUAUCGCUUUACUUGUCAGAAUCUAAUAGGAACACUUCUUUACAUGGAAAUGAUAUGCACUCUCCACGAGGUAUUGGUAAAUAUAGCGGGUUGAAUGAAUAUCCGGUUGUUCAUGGCCAGAGAGUUGAGCAGCCACAUCAGAACUGGGUGAUGCGUCCACCCACCUCACCUCAUUUUAAUUUUCCUCAUGCAAGUGAGUCAAUCUCGAAGUCUCCCUUGGCGCAACAGCAUCAAGCCAUAAAAGCAAAGGAAGGCAACUGCAAGCUCUUUGGAAUUCCUCUGGUCAGCAAUCCUGUUUUGCCUAAGUCUGCUGUCAUGACAAAUGUGUUAAUGGACGAUAGGCAUUCCCCGUCGUGUCAAGCUCAUGGGUUUCCACUGGAUCAGCCAACAGAGCCACUAAAUGGGGCAAACGGUGGAGAUGAUCUGGUUGCCAAUGAGCUGGAGAAGGAGAAGCUGUUCCAGAAUAGUCAACCACAUAACAGAGAUGUCCAACAUAGGGUUCAGGGUAGCUCAACUAGAAGUUGUACCAAGGUUCACAAGCAGGGGAUUGCACUUGGUAGAUCUGUGGACCUAGCCAAGUUCAACAAUUAUGAUGAACUGAUGGCCGAAUUAGAUCGAUUAUUUGAAUUUGGUGGGGAGUUGAUGAAUCCGAGAAGCAACUGGCUAAUUGUAUAUACUGAUGACGAGGAUGACAUGAUGCUUGUUGGGGAUGACCCGUGGCAGGAAUUUUGUGGCAUUGUCCGAAAGAUGUUUAUUUAUUCUAGAGAGGAGGUUCAAAAGAUGAGGCCAGGGACUAUUAGUUCAAGGGAUGAGGACAAUUUGAUGGUCGAUAAAGGGUCGGUCUCAAAGAAAAUGACUUCGGACACGCUGCCUUCGGCGUCUGUCCCAAAAAAUUGUUAAAACAUAUCUCACGUCUGUCUUUUAAAGUCACUGAAGGAGCCUAAUUCAGCUGAGCUGUUGUUGCUACCUCUUCAUGAUGGAUGAAAAUGAAUGCAUCAUCCAGUGACAUAUUUGUAGGUGGAUGUAUCUUUUUCAGCAAUGAUAAGUGGAACGGUAUGAUGUGCUCCUUAAUCUGACAUCCAAUUUCAGUGUCAAAAGAAUCCCUGAUGCUGAAAUUCAUUGCUGUCCACGGGGACUACACAUAAUCUUCGUCUAUAUCCUCUGUGCUUCAGUGACCAUUUUCUGCCCCCACAAAGCCGUGUUUGUAUCAUCAAUGGAAUCCUCAGAUUUGGCUUCAAGAUGCAUGGCUUCCUGAGGAGGUCAGAGAGCUUGAGAGAGAAGUACGGCAGAUUGAAAAGGAGAAAAAUGAGGCUGUUCGUACUUGGCAUUUUUGAGAAGGCCGGGGGAGCUGAAAUGGAUCAAUGUUGAAUAGGCCAGGGGAGUUGAAAUGGAUCACUACUGGGGGAGCUUCUGCAGCGAAUGGACUUCACUUUUGAUAAGAGUAGUUGUUGCCUACCUCUUCAUGGUGAUUGGGUGCCACUUAAGCACGUCAUCCACUUCUUGAGGAGGAUAUUAGCUUGAUGCAGUGAGUUUUGGCUGUUGCUAAUGUACUUGUGGUGGAUGAAUGAUGAUAUUUGGAUCACUGACAUUGCGAAUUCAAUGAGGAUGGAUGGAGAGGACGGCAAAUCAAUUUUUGCUUAUGGGAUUUUUGACGAGGAAGGUGGUGCAGGAGGUGAGCAAGAGUCAAAGCAAGAGAGAGCCAUGCUAUGCUGUGAGUUUUUCUUUUUUAUCUCUAAGGAGAGAGAGCCAUGCUAUGCUGUGAGUCAAAGCAAGAGAGAGCCCUUCUGUUUGGGUUUUUUUCUUUCCGGUGUUCCAGUCAGUUUCUCACAGGCUCAAUCUUCGUAAAAGCCCCCCCGGUAUUUCUCGGCCUCAGAUAAUUUCAGAUAUUAGGUGGUUGGCCAAGUGUAGGAAAAGAGACAGAAAAAGGAUUAUCACUGCUCAACCCUAUUUUGUAUAUGUGGCUUCUUUGAGCGUGUGAACCUAUAUGGAAAAAAUGGGUCUCCUUCUGUACUUUUAUGGCAUGACAAUGAGGAAAGGGAACUUUUGUUCUUCUGACA